UGGAACACCUUUACUCUACACAAAACUUGAAACGGACCAAACGUCACGUGACCAGUUCUAGGAGGAAGUAAGGAACUUUUGGAACCGAAGGAAACAUGAAGUCGUUCCUCAUAUUAGCUGUUUGGUUUUUCAACGGAGUUACGUCAAUAGAGGUCAUUGAGAGAAAAGACAAGGACAUCUUCGAACGAGAUGACUGCGCUGGUACAACCGUCGGUUUCGGAUACUCCGGAACGUUGGAGUACCACUACAAAUACCUCAAAAAGAGGUACCAAGGCUGCACCCAUAUCCAUGGCAACCUGGAGAUUACGAAUUUGGUGGACCACGACAUCAACUACGACUUGAGUUUCCUCAGUGAAAUCCGCUACGUGAGCGGCUACGUGCUGAUCGGCCUGGUGACCGAGGUGUUCCACGUCCCGCUCACCAGCCUGGAGAUCGUGCGCGGCAACAGCACGUACCGCAUACAGGGCGACGACUACAGCUUCAUUGUGGCUCUCACGUCGCGAUACGGCGACACGAAGGUGGGCCUCAGGGCGCUCCAUAUGCCGGCGUUGAGAGAAAUCUCCGAGGGCAAAGUGAUGUUCAAACAAAACCCAGCCCUCUGUUACGUGGACACCAUCUCGUGGGAUACCAUCUGCAGAGGUCGAAAUAAUUCUGUCGCUUUUCUUGAAACACCGUUCUCCGAAGACUGUGAUCAGUGUUCCGACAAUUGUCAGGAGUCGGAAACGGAAGUCGGAGGUUGCUGGAGCACGUUCCCAGAAUACUGUGCACGAGGACAUAAGCAACAAUGUGACGAGUCCUGUCCGGAGAGGUGUUUCGGUCCGAGUUCUAACCAGUGUUGUCACUCACAAUGCGCCGUUGGCUGUUCAGGGCCCACGGAGUCGGACUGUGUGAUGUGUAAGGAUUUCAACUUCAAUGGAGAAUGUCGAUCAUUUUGCCCGGACGGGACGUAUCCAAUGAAAAACAGAUGCAUUACGUUCUAAUCACCAGCAUGAAUGAUUAAUAACAUAGAACACAAACAUGCAGCAUUUCUGUCACUGUACAGUGCAUUUCACAUUUAAUAUUUACAUUGCAUUAUAAUUUAUUGGCAUUUUUAAUAUGUAUACAGUGGUAGAACUUACUGCAGCCUAUUUUAGGAAACAGUCGGUUUAUUAUUUAGACUAAUGGUAACUUUAGUUAAGUUUUUUUUAUAUAUAUAUACUACGCACGAAUACGACUGAAAAUGGUCUGCUGACAUCCCAGUUUAGUACUUACUUGAAUCGUUGAUAAUUCUUUACCGAAUGGAUUCCAGUUUAGUACUUACUUGAAUCGUUGAUAAUUCUUUACCGAAUGGAUUCCAGUUUAGUACUUAAUUGAAUCGUUGAUAAUUCUUUACCGAAUGAAUUCAAAUGAUACAGUUUACCAAUGUGAUGAUCAACGAUAGGCAAAAGGCAUUCUAAGUAACAUACUUAGGGCUAGCGAACAAUUGUUUAUAGGUUGCAUUGUACCAAAUCAAUUCCUAAUGCCGAUAAUGUUAACGUUUACUAAUAAAACUGAUGUAAGCAGUAUAUCCAAAAUACAGGCAGUAGACCAAUAAAAAGUGUUGUGACACGU